AUGAGAUUAGAGAAGUGCUGGUUCUGCUCGUCGACCGUGUAUCCCGGUCACGGCAUCUGCUACGUGCGCAAUGACGCCAAGGUGUUCCGGUUCUGCCGGUCCAAGUGCCACCGGAAUUUCAAGCUGAAGCGCAACCCGCGCAAAGUGCGAUGGACCAAGGCGUACCGCCGCCUUCACGGCAAAGACCUCGCCGCCGAUACCACCUUUGAGAUGGAGCGCCGAAGGAACCGCCCUGAGCGGUACGACCGCAACGUGGUGGCGACGACGGUGGCGGCGAUGAAACGGAUCGACGAGCUGCGCGUGAAGCGGCAGGCCAAGUUCUGGGAGAAGCGAAUGAAGGUGAAGACGAAGGAGGAGCGGCAGCAGGCACGCCAAGAGCUGGAAUCCGGAAUCCACCUGGUGAAGGCCCCAGCAGCACUGCCGACCGCCCCUUGCUCACUCUGCUGCUUACCCUCUUCCCGCCGUGCUUCCCACCCAUGGUUCUCCCUUUUCACCAUCAACAGAAUGAAGGUGAAGACGAAGGAGGAGCGGCGGCAGGCACGCCAGGAACUAGAAACCGGAAUCCACCUGGUGAAGGCCCCAGCUGCCCUCGCAGCAGACCCGUCCCUCACCCUCCCCAAGCCCAUCUCCACGCUCUCAGCGUCCGUGGCGGAGCAAGCAGCCAAGGAGAAGGCGAUUGCAGUUGCCAUGGAGGAGGGCGAGGAGGUGGGAGGGGAGAGGGCGGGGGCAGAGGCGAGGGCGGAGAGGGCAGUCGAGAGGAAACUGAAGGGGAAGAUGAAGGUGAAGGUGGGACGGGUGAAGGGUGCUGUGAUGGAUGCGGAUAUGGAGGGGUGA